AGAAAGGACUUGGACUCGUACUGCCCUGGGAGCAAAGCGAAAGCAAACGCAAGCGAAACGCAGAGGUCAACCAGGAUGGCUUCGACAAAAUCCCGAUGCAUGCAGUUCAGCUUCUUCGUCGUCAGCGUGUGGAGGGCGUCCGAGUGGGGACUGCCGCUCUCUCGUUCGCACUUGCGACUCUUGUGCAUUCGGCGAAGCAGACAAGCUGGACAGACGCAGCUCCUUCAACUUGGCUUUCGCGCGACUCAAAACCAUUUUCACUUCUCCCACCGUGCUCACGGAGACAGUGCGGAGACAGCGCGACACAACGUCGUCUGGGGUGCAAGAGGCCGAAGAAGGCGGUGAAGAAGUCUUGGAAGACAAAAAUUGAGCAAAGCAGGCGAAACAAGGGGGAGAAGUGGAGGGAGCAGCUGCCGGCGGAGAAGACGAGAGGAGGUCGACAGUCGCGUCGUCCGAGACAAAGAAGACAGAGAGACCGAGCAGGAAGGAGAGAGGCUCGCCGUCACUGUCUGUGUCCAUCUCUAGGAGGCGCGUUAAAAGUUUUUCAGCGAGGCCUGCGUCUGCCACUUGGAGAGUUCCGGUUUCGCUUUCCCCCUUCCUGCUUCCUUCCAGUUGAGUUCUUUGCGUCCAGUUUCCUCGUCUCCCAAGGACAGAAGGAGGCCGCGACAACUGGAGACCAAAGUGAGAGGAAGCCGCAGGUGAAGGGGAGGAGCAAGAUGAACUUCGACUCUCCUCUGUCACCUUUCUCUGUUCUUCUCCCUGCCUCUCUGUACCGUCUCGGCCGUCCAGGAGAAACACCGUCGCAUGCUGGCGAUCCGUCACUAGCCAGUCGGCGACUCUCUCUAUAAAAGAGCCUUUUUCGCCCCCAUCUCCUCCCGUCUUUACUGUUUCUCCUUCGUCUCCUUUGCUUCUCACUUCUCCUUCUUCUCCUCUCUCUCUCUCUAUCCGAUUUAUGGCUUGCUUUCUCUCCUUCUUCCACUCCUCUCUCCAAGAGAAGCCUUCGACUGCAGAGCAGACGCGCCAGGACUUGAGUAAUUUCUGCUCUUCUUUUCGCGGCAACUCCGGGCCUGUCUCCUUCCUGUGUCCUCCAUCCUUCUCUUCUCUGUGCUUCGCGCCUCUCUGCUGAUGUUCACCUGAGUCUCCGCAUUCCUCUGUGGCGGACUCUCUCUCCUUCUCUCGGCCGCCAGCAACGUCCACCAGGU